AUGAGCUCAUCUGCUGAUUUGGAGAUUGGCUCGAGGGAGAAGAGCUUGGAUCUCAAUCAGGCAGAUUCGGAUGCGGAUCUCCAAAAGCCUGAUGAUGUACCGCAGUACAAGCAAGAUGCUUUUGGUGAUGAGGAGUUCGCCGAGGUGAAGUACAAGGUCCUAAAAUGGUGGCAAUGCGGUCUGCUCAUGGUCGCCGAAACCGUCUCCCUGGGUGUUCUAUCGCUGCCUGCUGCUGUCGCAGGCCUUGGAUUUGUUCCUGCGAUUAUUAUUCUUGUCUUCCUCGGCUCGUUGGCCACAUAUACCGGAUACGUGAUCGGACAAAUGAAAUGGAAAUAUCCUCACAUCUCGACAAUGGCCGAUGCAGGCGAAGUCCUGGCAGGAAAAUGGGGUCGUGAAAUUCUCGGUGUCGCGCAAACCAUCUUCCUAGUCUUCGUCAUGGCUAGCCAUCUGUUGACCUUCACUGUGGCUAUGAACACCAUCACCAACCACGGCACCUGCUCAAUCGUCUUCGGCAUCGUGGGCAUGAUCGUAUCAUUCAUCUGCUCUCUGCCCCGAACCCUGGUGAAGAUGUCAUGGCUAUCCCUAGUUUCGUUCGGAAGUAUCAUGACCGCAGUUCUGAUUGUCAUGAUCGGCGUCGGAAUCGAGAAACCCGGCGGCCGCAUCGAAGUUGCCGUCGAAACAAACCUCUACCUCGGCUUCUCGGCUGUCUGUAACAUCGUCUUCGCUUUCUGCGGUCACGCAGCUUUCUUCGGCCUGAUGGCCGAGCUGAAGAACCCGCGCGACUUCACCAAGUCCCUGUGUCUGCUGCAGGGUAUCGACAUGGCACUCUACAUCAUGGCCGCUGUAGUCAUCUACCGCUAUGCCGGCGCCGAUGUUACCUCGCCUGCUCUGGGAUCUGCCGCACCUGUCGUCGCUAAGGUUGCGUAUGGCAUUGCCUUGCCAACUAUUGUCAUCGCUGGUGUUAUCAACGGCCACGUCGCAUUCAAGUACGUCUACACACGCAUCUUCCGUGGUACGGACCGUAUGCACAAGCGUGAUGCCGUCGCCGUUGGCUCUUGGAUUGGCAUUUCUCUUUCGCUGUGGAUUUUGGCCUGGAUUAUCUCUACUGCCAUCCCAGUUUUCAGCAGCCUACUCAGUCUGAUCACUGCCCUCUUUGCCAGUUGGUUCACCUACGGCCUGAGCGGGAUUUUCUGGCUAUUCAUGAACAAGGGGCUCUGGUUCUCCUCGCCACGAAAGAUCGCUCUCACAGCAUUGAAUGUCUUCGUCAUUGCCGUCGGUGCAGCUAUUUGUGGCCUCGGCCUCUACGUCUCUGGCAAAGCAAUCCACGACAACCCCAGCAGCGCAAGCUUCUCCUGCGCUAAUAAUGCUUAA